UUUCAGUCGGUAAUGAAAUGUCAAACUGCCAUAAGUUGACACAUACAAUUCCAGGGAAGGGAUGGAGUGCUGAUUCUUCCAACUCAAAAUUGACUUCUAAUCUCUCCAUCUCUCCCCUUCCAAUCUGCAAGGAUACAGAAGUGAUUAAUGGGGAUUUGCUGGGGCUCACCUGCUGAUCUGCCAUGCCCACUACCAAUAUCAACCACCGUCGACCAUCUGAAUCCUGAUUCAUCUCUUGCUGCUGACUUUAGUGGGCAGACUGUGGCAAGCACCAAUUUCACAUGGGUAUCUCAAGUGAGAACCAGUUUAACAGUUCUUGGGACUAAUACUGCCACUGAAAACAGCCAAGCCUCCGAUGAAAUUGAUUUUGAGGCUCUUUCUAAUGGGGAAGCCAUUGCUGGUGAAAACUUGAGAGCUUUCACUUAUGCACAGCUGAAGGUUGCCACCCGCAAUUUUAGAAGAGAUAAGGUGUUGGGAAGAGGAGGUUUUGGAAAAGUUUAUAAAGGAGGGCUCAAGGAGCAUGUGCCAUCUGAGGGCAUAAAGAAAUCGUUGGUCGCUAUCAAGAAAUUGGAUACCACGGGCAACCAAGGAUUUAAGGAGUGGCUGACAGAGAUACGAAUUUUGGGAAGACUUUCUCACCCUAACCUUGUGAAGUUGUUGGGAUACUGUAUGGAGAAUGAAAACUUCCUUCUUGUGUAUGACUUCAUGCAAAAUGGCAGCUUAAAUUACCAUCUAUUCGGAAAAGGCUUAGUUCGGCCACUUCCAUGGGACAUAAGGUUUAAGAUUGCUUUAGGAACAGCUCGAGGACUAGCUUACAUGCACACACAUGUUAUACUUCACAGAGAUCUCAAAUCUUCAAAUAUACUUCUUGAUAAGUUUUAUAAUGCAAAAAUUUCAGACUUUGGCUUGGCAUUUUUGGGUCCUUCUGCUGGUUCUUCACACGUCGAAACAACUCUAGCGGGCACAUAUGGUUAUGCUGCUCCAGAGUACAUUGCCACAGGGCAUUUGUAUGUAAAGAGUGAUGUCUAUGGCUUCGGAGUUGUUGUGGUUGAGAUGCUAACAGGAUUACGUGCAGUUGACAGAAGACGGCCGAAAGAGCAACAGGUACUUGUGGAUUGGGUGAAACCUUAUCUAUUAAGCAAAAGGAAGCUCAAACAAGUAAUGGACUCCAGACUAGAGGGAAAAUAUCCCUACAAGGAAGUCUCACAGAUAGCUCAGCUUGCUGUUAGGUGUCUUCAUCUUGAACCUAAGUUACGACCAUCUGUGAAAGAAAUUGUUGAGACAUUGGAACAUAUUGAAGCGUGCCAUCAUAAAACGAAGAGAGCGUAAAUAUUAAUUAUGUUCAUCGUGUUGCCGCAAGACUUACAUUUGCUCGUAAACGGAAGUAGGAUGUUCGAGCCGUAUGUACAAGCGCUUGGCUGAACAGGGCAACUCUCCCAUGAAUGCCAUUGUCAAUGAAAGUUCUUCACAUGGGGUGCUAUUUUUAUAAUAUAAGAGAAUUUAUUAGUUA